AGAAUUUAGAUUUUUCUUCUGACCAAUCAGAAUGUUCCUCUACACCAGUGCUAAUGAGUGACCAAUCAAGGAGAAGCAGCUGCAGGCGCGCCACCUGUUUCACGUGGAUCAAAUAGUCGAGGAUCGGAAUUUGACCAGCAGCUUUCCUCUGCAGUUCAAAGUGACUGCAUUUUAACAAUGCGCUGGUGAAAGAAACGUCAUGCCCCUGUUCUCCCGCCGGAACGUAAAAGUGGAGACCUUCCUGAAGCGCUGUACUGAGCGGCGCGUGCACAGUAGGAUUCGCGCUCAUGAGCUGUGCGUUGUCAUCUCAGAGCAUAUGAACAAGGCCUACAUGCACGCCGUGUUGUGCGACGAGCACGUGCUCAUCACAGAAUAUGCACCGCGUACGCUCACGGCGGCCGUCAGCUUUAGGCGCGUGCGCAACAUCCAACUGUACGUGCGUGAAAGAAAUGAAGGAAGCGCGGAGGAGCUCAGGAAGUUUACGUCAACCCACGUCAUCUCCUCUCUAGACCCUGAGACUUUGAACCUCUUCAGAACCCCUCACCCUCCGAACCACCCACUGCUCUACUCCACCACCAGCCCCCCCGCCUCACUACUGACACCUAGAGACCAACGAUCGAAGACCUUAAAGAGCACUCAGGUCCCACACAGGAUCAGUUCCGCUCUGAGGCGUCUCCUACACAGAGAUGAUGGAGACACUGGCAGCAGCGGGGAGGAGCGGGAGGCAGAGCUGCAUCUAUACAUCGUGUCACAGACGUCUAGAUUUUACCUGCAGCUGCGGAGCUCGUGGAGCAGAUUCGUUAUCAGGUCCACCCUGUUGCUGGACCCGGUGUACAGGAGAAAGUGUCGCAUUUAUGCCCACUCCUCUCGUAGGAAACAACGCCCUGUCCUCAGUUGGGAGAGAACCUGUCAGCUUUUCAAUCAGCUCAGCUCAGAGCUGCUGCAGGAUCAGCUCAGUGUUGAGGGUCUGUAUCUGCUGCUGCAGGAACUGAACACUGCUGCUCAUCGUAACCUCACGCUGCCCACACUGUUCUGGAGGUCUGGUGAAUUGUGCGCUUUCCUGGUGCAGACUCUGGAGGAGAAUCUCAACAGCUGUCAGAGUCUCAGUGGAGUCUACACACCUGAUCACAUGCUUCUCAGGACAAUGAUUGUGGAGACGCUCACAGUCAUGUUCGCGGAGACGAGGAACGAGGCUGCAAAACUUAGCCUGCUUUCUUCAAACAACGGCACCCUCGUUUCCAGGAUGCUACUUGCCCUGAUCUGUGACCCUCAGCCGCAAACACAGAGCUCUGUGAUUGGCUCAGAGUUCCAGGUGCUGAUGUCAGAGUAUCAAGACGCCGCCUGCUCGCUGCUCUUUGAGCUGCUGCUUCUUGGACAUGAGAUACACAGAAGUUUCUUUGCAGAUGAUGUGUUGUCCGCAGGCUGGAUCUUGGGUGUCCUGCAGACUCAUUCUCAUCUGCCCUCCUUCAUGAUCUACCAGGCACAGCAGGUGGUACUAGCACUGUCAGACAUGCAGGGGGCGCCUCUGAGUCCAACACAGGCAGUUCUGCUGUUCCAGCGCUGUCACCUCCUGCUGCUGUGUCUGCAGCACAGCAGUCUGCUGGCUCAGCACCUAACAUCACGGCUGAGCGAGGAAUUCAGAUACCUUUUGAGGCUGUCACAAGCCGAGGAGAAGCUUCCGCCUCGUUACCCCAUCACUUCGCCGAUUCUGUGUCUACUUGUCAAAGUCCUCGCACUAAUGCUGCACAGGUGACCUCAGACACAGAUAGAAGUUAGAAUUUGAAAUCCAUGUCUUGAACAUGAUUUCAUGAAAAACACAAGAACAAGACUAUGGAGCUCGAGUUUACUCUAAGACUCACGCAAACUGUCCUCAUCUGUUGUGCGCUGUAUUCAGGUUUUGAGUUUUCUGUUCCCCAGUAAAGCUGCUGAUUCCACUGAGUUGCUGUGAGUCUGAUGAAAACCAAUUGUUUCAAAAUGCUUGCUUACAUUUUUAAAGGCUGUGCAGACACCUUAGGUCAGCAGCCACUAGCUAUGAAGUUAGCCAAAAACAACCAUUAAGUUAGCCCACCACCAGUUAUGAAGUUAGCCAGUGGCCCGCAGGCCACCAGUUGAUCAUCACUGUUUUAUGUGAUGUCACUUGUAUUCAGUGGCCGUGACAGACUUCAGCGGUGUGACGUUCCUCAGUCUACACCUGUUUAUACCAGUACACCUAAUACAGUAUCAAGCUGCCCCAGCCAGAAGAAGAAAAGAACCCAAAGGUGCAGCUUUCGUGCCGAGUG